AAAAAAAGAAGCAAGUAGUGAGGCUGCUUGGUAAUUUGAGACUGCAGAUACAGGAUGUACACCUAUGCAGAGAGAAGGACUUUGAAAGGAGCAGGUGAUUAAGCAACAAUGGCAUUUGUGAAGAGCGGAUGGCUGCUCCGGCAAAGUACUGUUUUACGGCGUUGGAAAAAGAACUGGUUUGAUCUAUGGUCUGAUGGCCGCUUAAUAUUCUAUGAUGAUCAGAAUCGCCAUGAUCUAGAAGAUAAAAUCCACAUGCGAAUCCACUGCAUCAACCUCAGAGUGGGGAAUGAAUGUCAAGAUUUCCAGCCUCCAGAGGGGAAGCAGAGAGACUGUUUACUGCAGGUUGUUUGCCGUGAUGGGAAGACAGUCAACCUCUGCGCAGAGAGUGCAGAUGACUGCCUGGCAUGGAAAAUUGCUCUCCAGGAUGCCAGAACAAACACAGGCUACGUGGGAUCUGAUGUGAUGUAUGAUGAGACAGCCAUUUCCUCGGCCCCUCCUCCCUACACAGCUUAUGCUACACCAUCACCUGAGGUUUAUGGCUAUGGCUAUGAUCAGUACAAUGGUGCAUACCCCCCGGUGGGCCCUCAGAUCUUCUAUGCCUCCAAUGGACAAGCUUAUGCUCUGCCCUAUCAGUAUCCAUACCAAGGACCUUAUGGCCAGCCCCCUGCAAACCAUGUCAUCAUUCGAGAGCGUUACCGUGACAGCGAUGGAGAUCUUGCACUGGGCAUGCUGGCUGGAGCAGCAACUGGAAUGGCUCUGGGAUCACUCUUUUGGGUCUUCUAGAUUACCCUUUCCUUAUCUCUGUAGUUCCAAACCCCUUUAUUGUGUGCAAUAAUAUAUUGGCAAUGUUGUUUACUGUUAAACUUUGAAAAAUGCAAUAGUUAUUUUUCGGUAGUGACAUCUUAAUAACUGAUUCUUAACUGUCUUAAUGAGAGUUUAAAAGCAUCAUUUAGUUAAAUGGUUGGAAAUGGCAUGUGCUGCUCUUGAAUUCUGGUCUGAUGUUCAGAAUUAUAAGGAUCAAUAUGAGCACCAGUGUCACGUGGUAGCGGUUACCUGCUUUAUGAACAGACAGUUAUUGUAAACACCAUAGGAAAAAAGAUUUUUUUCUUUUUUUGAGGGGAAGGGUCCAAGAUCUAGUUCAAAUAAGAGGUUAACAGGAGUCCUGCAUUAGUAUACACAUACUACUGGCUUUUAAACAUUCCCUGGAAAAACAGAGCUCAGCAGGAUUCCUUGGCAUUAGACAGUCUGCCAUGCUUGAGGGAUUUUUUUUGUUUUCAGACUUGCCUGUAGAUGGUAGUGUGCUUUCUUAGGUGGAACCCUGUACCUGCCUCUCACACCAUCCAGGUGAAGUUCUCUGAGAGUGUAUGAGCAAACCACUAAGAAGCAGCAGCACUCCUCAAUUCUUUUAUUCUCCCAGAAAUAUGAAUGACCAGUGGCAAGGUAGAGCAGGCAGGAACAGGAGGGGAGAGACAAGCAACACAAGCAGACCUUGCACACAGACACUUUGAUACCAGCUGCUUGCCAGGGCUAGGAUAAGAUGCCUGCCUCUUAGCCACCAAGGGUUUCUGAACCAGAUUCCUUAUUUGCAACUAAUGUUGAGCACAGCUGAGCCUGGGUUUGUUGUAUGUACAUUUCCCCCUCACGUUCAGCAGGUCUCCUCUUCCCUCCAUGACUUGUAUUUUCGCUUGUAUGCGUGGUUUCUCUAGAGUGUGCUGUCCCCUGGAGUGCAGCUGUUUUGUGUGUUUCAUGGCCUGUUCUAAUCCAUGCUGAGCUGUGCUUGGCAGAGAAAGAAAGCUCUGAAUAAAUGCAAGGGCUUUCUUGUUCAGGUAAAUGAGGCAGGGUGUCUAAGUUGAGUUCUUAUAGUAAGAGGACUUAUUUUUAUACUUCCACUUUUAGCUUCCUGUAUUUGCAUACUGUUUUAAUGUUAAGUCUUACUUAUGCUUCCAUUUAGAAGAAGGUUAAUUUCCUUAUGGUUCACAGGGUUUCGUGUCAUGAAAGAUGAAAAUAGAUGAGAACUUGCACCUAUAUAAAUUUAACUGAAGCCCCAAUCUUCUCCAUUUCAUCCUAAAAUUCUCUUGGCUCUGUCCUACUUAUUUAAGCAAUAGAGGUCCUGGACAAGAGUUUGGGUAGCAGCCAGGGGAAGCACUAGGCUUCCAUGAGCCUUAGGACUAACUCAACCAAGUGGAAUCACUGGAAGUAAACAGACAGAUGGAAUUGUGGCUGCUUUACUAAGAGUGGCCUAAUCCAGGGAAGGUAAACUGCUUUCAGGAAGCUGGCUCUGAGCUGUACACCAAUGUGCAAGCAUGUCCUUUCACAGGUUAACACAAGCUGCACGUGUUCUGCCAGUCAGAUGUACUGGAAGGACAUUCUGGAAGUGCAAAAGAGGACUAAAGUGAAAGUUUCCUAUUGCUAGUCCAAACCAAAAGAAAUUGCAGUACACUACUGAAGCUCUCUUAGAGACCUUGAAGUCAGAAAGGGAUGGAAUGUAAGUGAAAAAACAUGUCUGCCCUUUUAAAAAUCCCUUUAAAAGGUGAAUUUGAUUACAGGUCUAUGUUGCUCUUUGGUUUGUGCUUUACAAUAGCAAGUUCUGCAGAAUGCAUCCAUCUCCUCUUCUUCCUCUGUGAUUCUUAACUUGUAAGGAGUAAGGGAGAAUAAAAUCACUGGGCAUCGUAUGAUUUUUUUGAAUUUCCUAAUGAUUGGGAAAGGAUAACAUAAAGUAAAUCAGCCGGGUUUUUUGUUUUGGUCUGGCCGUUUUUUUUUGGUUUUUUUUUUUUUUUUUUUAGAAGAACUGUUAGUCAUAGCAGGGGAACAUGUCAUUUGUGUUUUCAGGAGAUAACUCUGUCUAGGUCCCUAGUUUCUUCAAGUGAAGUAUAUAAAAUAAAGAUUGUUGAUUGCAAAACA